CGAAUCCCGUUGAUUUUGCCUCCUGUCGUCCCUUGGACGGCGCUCAGCCGACAUCUGUCCUUUCUGUGGGCACAAAUCGUGAGGAGAGUGGUGUUGGUUUCGGAAGGAGGCCUGCCGGUGUCCUCUUGCGGCGAUGUCUGGCUCGACAUCGUCGUUGACGCCCGAGUGUGGCGCUCGUAGCGAGCGGGGCGGGUGUCUUGACGGCGGUGGUGGUGGGGCCACUCCGAUGCACUGCCUGGACGCGCUGUUCAACGAGCUGACGUGUAUCCUCUACAACCGGAACGACCCCCAGAGGCUCAACAAGUGCCAGAGGGUACUCGAGAGCUACAGGGGCACAGGUCAGUCAGCUCGACACACACAACACACACAGCACAACGACAGACAGACACGGUUGUCUUUGGUGUCUUGUGCCGUGUGUGCAGACUGGAUACUGCACAGCACCAUCCCGGAGAUCAAGGGCUUCCAAAUCUAUGGCUACAGCCGGUAAGAACGACACAAAGACAGACAACCGCAACACAACACCGCCCUCACAGCGCCACGUGUCUACUCUGCUUACUCGCCUCGCUCUCUGUCUUGCGUGUGUGUGUUGUGUUGUCCAACAGUGCGCAAGUGCGUUCGCAGCCCGAUUUGUUUUCUCUGUUGAUCCUGACGUGGUCGCCCAAGUCGCGGAGUGCCAUCCACAACCACCCGUGCGAGCGGUGCUUCCUCAUGCCACUCCAGGGCGACCUCAGCGAAGUCAGAUACUCAGUGGUCGAAGAAGGACCUGACCAGAGGUCGGUGGGCAACACGGCUCCCUCCCUCCCUCCCUCCCUGCGCACACACACACAGGGAUGGGCGUGUCGUGUGCAUAUGGUCUCGUCUGGUGUGAGUCAGGGUGCGUGAGAUUGGUCGUGACCGCAUUCCGCAGAACAAGGCUUGCUGGAUCGACGACUCGCACGGAUGGUACGUCGUCAUGGAGUGAGAUGCAGACAGACAGACAGACAGACGGAAUCGUGUGUAUGUGUGUUGACACGCAGGCACGCUAUAGUCAACGACAGCCAUGGCCUGUCGGUGUCGCUGCACCUCUACAUCCCCUCGUUCACCAAGUGAGUGACAACCACACGCACACACACACACACACACACAGCUUGGUCAUGUGUUGGUUGGCCUGUGUGUGUUCAGGUGCAAGAUUGUUGACCCGUCGUCGCACAGCAUCCGCUGGGUGAACUGCUUCCCCACACAGACGUCGAGGUUCCAACCACUGCACGAACGGUCAGCAAAGAGAGAGAGAGAGAGAGAGAGCCACCAGCCAGCCAGCCAGCCAGACAGGUGGCAAUCUGCUGAUGUUGGCCGUGUUUGUGUGUGCACGUCUGGUCUGCAGUGUGUUUGACACGGCGCGCAACUACCUGAAGAGCCUCGACUGCCCCGCCAGCCGCCCCGUCAUCAAACUCAGGACCAAGUGCGACAUCGAAGAGAUAUUCAAUGAGAAGUAAGCAAAGAACUUAACUUACGUCACCUCACCGAUUGAUUGAUUGAUGCACCAAAGAUCGGAUGGAUGGAUGGAUGGACGUGUGUGUGUUUGUGUGAAGGUGUUCGUUGGAGUUUUCUGACAAUGCGGCCCCGAUGGACGACGACUCCAUUCUCGCUGCCGUCCAGAACACCUGCGACUUCUCCACAAAUACCGGUGGGUGUGUCAGGCAGCUGAGCUCAGCUGCCAUCCCAUGCAGACACAGCAGACAGAAACCAAACCCACACAGGGCAGAUGGAUGGUCCAUAUAUCGCUGGCUGGUUGCUUGCGUGUAUCAUGAUUAUCGAUCAGGUCACUUGUACUUCUUCAACCAGCUGUUUGCCCGUGCUGACCCGCUGGCCGUGGCGGCCGACUGCCUCUCCAACUGCCUCAACGCAAACCUCCUCACCUUCGAGGUAAUAUGUACCAACCACGGCACGGCAGGCACCCUCUCAUCGUGAUGUCCCUCCCCUUGUCAGAUGGCCCCCGUGUUUCUGCUGAUGGAGAAGCGGCUGCUGCAGCACAUGGCGUCAUUCCUCGGCUGGUACACCCAUUUCGACCCCAACUCGCAAGACAACGACACGCCGCAGGAGUUCUCACUCUGCGGCGACCGACGGGCGCCCUCACCGGCAGAGCAGCCCACGGCGGCGUCGACCACCGACGAGUCGGCGCCCAACCUGCUCCCGCCCCCUGCAGACACCUCCAGCAAGCUCAGCGAGGCCUCCACCGACGCAUCGCAGUCGCCACGGCUCGAUGCCCAGAACCACCCUCCGUCGACUCGGUGCAGUGCCGGCACAGGGGAGAGGGAGCGGUGUGGGCAUGUGGGCGAUGUGAGCCGUGAGGUGGUGCCGAGUGUGCUGGUGGAUCGGCUGCGUCGGUCGGAUCGGAAGCUGUCGGCGCCCUUUGAGACGUUUGACGGGCUGCUGAAUCCAGGGGGGGCGAUAUCGAACGUCAUGGCCCUCAACGUCGCCAGGCACCACAUCGUGCCCGAGGUCAAAGUGAAGGGGGUGUACGGCACGCCCCCACUCGUCAUAUUCACCUCCGAGCAGGUACGCGAGCGCACACACAUUCCCACCCACUCAGGCGCUCUCACCUCAUCGACGUGUGUGUGCGUGUGUGUGUGGAUCAGGGCCACGAGUCGAUCGAGAAGGCCACAGCGCUGCUGGGUCUCGGCGUGGAGAACGUGGUGCACGUGCCGGUGUUGCCGUCGACCAACGCCAUGGACCCCCAGGCCCUCGCCCACGCCGUGCAGCAGGCGGCCGACGCCGGCAAGCGCCCCUUCUUCGUCAACUGCACGGCCGCCACGACGGUUGCGGGCGCGUUUGACCCGUUCGAGGCCAUUCGAGACGUGUGUGACGAGUGGGGCAUGUGGAUGCACGUCGACGGGGCCGUGGGGGCGUCCUUCCUGCUGCCCCAGGAGGAAUACUAUAAGAAGCUCUGCAGGUGAGGGACUGGAAGGGAGGUGUAUGUGGAGAGAGGAGAGGUGGCAGGCAAGGCACGUAUCUAUCGCAUUUCGUUGUUGGUGCCGUUGCAUCAGGGGCAUGGAUCGCGCCGACUCUGUGAGCUGGAAUCUGCACAAGCUCCUCGGGGUGCCACUGCAGUGCUCCGCACUGCUCACCAGACACCCUGGUACCGUUCGCACCCCCCACCACGCACACACACAGAGACUCUCACCGACACACGCACACCGUGCUUUGUGUGUCGUCCGUUACGUCUUUCAGGUUUGCUGUCGCGCACGCACAGCACGGUGGCGUGUCCGAAUCUGUUCAGCCACAUCGACACGCCCCUGUGCGACCUCGACUCGUGCUGCUCCACCUUCCAGUACGGCAGGCGGGCCGACGCAUUUAAAGCCUGGUGCCUCUGGAAAAAGGUAAUGAGUACCUUCACACGCACACACGCACACACACGCGAGGCACACCUCACCCGCUACUGUGGUGUGUGAAUGAUCUGGCUUGGCUGGUGUGGGUGUCUGGCUGUUUGUUGUGUGGUCAGUUGGGUGACCAGGGAAUGGCUAAUCGCAUUCGGCUGGUCUACACCCACACGAUGGAGCUGGCCGAGCUCAUCCGGACGUUCCCCAAGAAGUUCUCUUGCCCUGGUACACACACACACACACACACACACACACAGAGGCAAUCGUCGAACAAGGAGUGUGUGUGGUGUGUGGUGUGUGCCACCGGGCAGGUCGUGGUGUGAAUCUGCCGACCGAGGUGGAAGUUGAGGAGUCGGUGCCCACCGGCAUGCCCAGUGACAUCAACCAGGAUGCAUUCCACCUGGUAUGGGAGCCGGUGAGCUGCAACUGCUGCUUCUGGUGGGUGCCUUACGACCUGCGUAAGCCGUUCGCCCAGCACGGCUGGCAGCACCCCCUCCUGCACGAGCACCUCAUACACGUCGCACCCGCCAUGAAGAGGCAAAUGCUCACAGAGGGAUCCAUCAUGGUACUCACACACACACAUGGGCAGGCAGGCAGGCAGGAACAUACCCAGUCGGUGUGUGUGUGUGUGUCGGUGUGAGCACAGGUCGACUACCACACGUUGGCCGGGCGUCCCUUCUUCUGGCGUCUGCCUUUGGUCAACCCCGACAUCUGCCGUGACGACAUCUUCAACGUCCUCAGGAUCAUCAACCGGAUCGGUUAGCACACAAACAAAAGCCACACACACCACACCACACCACACCACACACGUCGCCAGGUGCAUCAAACCCAACACUCUCUCGGUCUCUCUCUCUCCCUCCCCGUGACCAUCUCAGGCACCUCUUGUUUUCCGCCCGGCUCUUACGCCGUGUCUGUGAGUGAGGCCGAUCUGUCCAUCGAGGGCGGCCCCAUGUGGCAGACCACCAUCAACGACGGCGACAGCUCCUCCUGCUCGAGGUCCUCUGCACGCCGUGUGGCGAGCUUCCCCGGCCCCGAGAUGGCGCACGCGGAGGAGAUCCGGGAGAGCACUGCAGCCCUCCCCUCCAUAUGCACAUUCUGACUGACCGAUGGCCGGGUGCGGCUGGUGGCGUGAAUGAAUGUUUAUAUUUUUUCGCCA